AUGGAGAUGCUCUUGACUUCAGCCCCUGGGGGCGAAGCUCGGCGCUGCCUCAGCAUCGCGGCGGAAGAGAAGGGGGAGCGGGCAGGCGAGCGCCGCAGGACCUCGCUGCCUCGUGCAAGGCUCGCCUUUCUCUGCGAAAUGGACCAAAGAAGGCGGACUUUUUCGGAUAACCAGGCCCGGAGGAAGGAGGCACGGGCCUUUCUUUGCAUUUUUACAGCUGCCGCUCGCAGGAAGCCAGACAUGGACUUCCACAGCUCGAUCGAACCUAACCAAGCUUCCAGCCGAACCCAUUUGCAAGCUCAGCCUCGUCGCAGCAUACUGGGACCUCAUUGCUAA